AAUUACAAAAAUUAAUCUAACAGUGGAAGCUCCACUCGCCCUGGGUUUCUCAUGUGGUUCCGAUGAAUGGAUCGUGCGGGAGCUUUGGGCGGGAGGUUAGGGAUGAAGAAGAGGUAAGUUCAAGCGCUGGUGUAAGCGUGAGGGAGAGGUAGCCGCUUCUGCAGACUGCUGAGAUUCAUGCGUUGAUUGAGUGUGGAGGAAGGACGGGGGUUGCAGGCGGUGCUGGUGGUGGGCCAGCAAAAGUGACUGUGGAUGGGACAGAGAAAGGUGGUGGGCCAGAUGGCAGUGUUCGAGGUGUGGGAGGGUGAUGAGUUGGGCCUAGGUUUGGAUUUAGACUAUGAAGCCUCCGGACUGUGCCUCUUGGUCUGUGGGCAAAGAAGGUGCCGGCCGAUGGAACCACGUGCGUCGAGGGGAUGGCAGCAAGCCGAUCGGGGAUCACCGACUUCGCUGAUGCAUCCAGAGUUUACAUUUACGGAAGUCAGCUCCGUUCAAGCGAGCACAAGUAAAGUUAUCUGUUGCCAAUUCUCAUCAGAUGGAAAACUGCUUGCUAGUGGCGGCCAUGAUAAAAAGGCAGUAUUGUGGUAUACAGACACUUUAAAGACAAAAACUACACUUGAAGAACAUUCAAUGUUAAUCACUGAUGUCCGUUUCAGUCCGAGCAUGCUGCGUCUUGCAACAUCUUCAUUGGACAAAACCGUCAGGGUUUGGGAUGCUGACAGUACUAGUUACUCGCUACGUACUUUUACUGGACAUUCUGCGUCUGUUAUGUCGUUGGACUUCCACCCGAAUACAGAUGAUCUCAUCUGCUCUUGUGAUGGAGAUGGUGAGAUACGAUACUGGGUUAUUAAGAACGCUUGCUGUGCAAGGGUAUUCAAGGGUGGUAUAGUCCAAAUUAGAUUUCAACCUCGUCAUGGAAGAUAUCUUGCAGCAGCUGCAGAGAACGUUGUAUCAAUACUGGAUGUGGAGACACAAGCUUGUCGGCAUUCAUUACAGGGACAUACGGAACCAAUUCAUUCUGUCUGCUGGGAUCCUUCUGGUGAGUUCUUGGCAUCAGUAAGUGUGGAUUCUAUCAGAGUUUGGACGCUUGGGUCAGGAAACGAAGGGGAGUGCGUUCAUGAGUUGAGUUGUAAUGACAAGAAGUUCCACUCCUGUGUUUUUCACCCAACAUAUUCGUCAUUGCUGGUCAUCGGUUGUUACCAGUCUCUAGAGCUUUGGAACAUGAGCGAGAACAAGACAAUGACUCUUUCAGCUCAUGAUGGACUAAUAGCUGCCUUGGCUGUAUCAACUGUGUCUGGCUUGGUUGCUUCAGCUAGCCAUGACAAGAUUGUCAAGCUCUGGAAGUGAUUCAAUUGUUUUUGUCAUGGUAAAAACUGCCUCUGCAUUUCAGGGACUAGUUUUCUUUUCAGUGUUUGAUCAAAUGCUGGUUUAGUAUACACAUAUUUUGGUUGAUCAUUCUGUCUGUUUUGUGUUUUGCUUUUUUGGAUCUCAACUUUAUCUCCUCGUAGUCCUGGAUAUUGACCUUGUAUUGUUGCUGUGUUAUGUCUAUCAUAUUACUCUUUGCUAA